AUGCUGAAAGAUGGCGAUGGUGACCCUCAACAGCGGAUGAUCAAGUCCAAAGGUGACUCAAUCCCGAGUAUGUACGUGGACUCUAAUCUACUGGCGAGAAGUAUCAUAAACUCUGGACAUACCAAAAGGGGUACAACACUAGAAUUAACUUCAGAGGCCAAAGGGGCUACUACACUUGACUCUUCAGGGGGUAAGGUGUACGAGAUAAGCGGCGAAUUCUUCGAGGAACUGGAAGAAGGCUCCGAGGAAGAGUACGUGUGGUUUGAGAUGGAGACAGACUCAGAAAUGGACGUGUAUUCGGAUAUCAGCGAUAGCACCCCACUGGUAGCGCUGACGAUCCACGAGGUCCACGGCGGCGUCAUAGUCAACUCUGAAGUGUUCCUCACCGAACAGCAGUGGCACACGCUGGUGAGGACUGGUGAGGAGCUUUAUUGCGCCGUGUGCAAUGACCUCUGUCCGCUUGAUGGGUACACUGUUCACACGAGCUCGAAGGGACAUGCGCGGAAUUUGGAAGCCCACCUCCCAUUGGACCUCUACGACUUAUCAAUCAUCAGAAAGAUUGGUGGCAUGUACCACUGCGGCGUCUGCAACGAGCUCUUCGACGGCGGCGAACUCGACGAGCACCUGGAGUCGAAGAGCCACGAGGAACAGAUGCUGACCGCCAUGAACAAAGUGUCGGACAUAAUGUACGAAGGCGAACAAUUUGAUGGUCAAUCGCCGAAGGGCCUACUCGAGUUCGACCUGGACGGCGGUGAUCCGGAGGAAGACGACUUCGGUGGCUUCUACGAUGACCUCACUACUUGCUCCCGCCGGAUGGAUUACGCCUCCAGACCCAUAAAUCUGGCCCUGGCCGCGGGGCUGUUGCCCCGGUUGCCCUCCACUAAAUCCGGCCCUGUGUGCUGCCCGCAGCCGCCGGCGCACUGCAGCGAUUCCGACGGCGCGGACGAGGGCGCCACUUACGCGUCUAUUGCCGGCUCGCCCAGCAGGGCCCCGAAGUACAUAGAGGUGGAGCUCGGCACCCGGAAGGCCUGGGUCCAGCCGGAUACCUGGCACAUGCUGCUCGCGCCGCGCCCGAACCGGUUCUACUGCAUGGUCUGCCGCGCGGAGGGCCACAAGCGGCGGAAGCUGGACCACUGCAGUGAAGACCGCCACCUGUCAAACCUGAUGAAGUGUACCGUGGUCAAGAAGUACAAGCGGCACCUUGUCAGGAGGAUCGACCACAGGCUGCUCCACUGCGCCCACUGCAACAACCUUCAGCUGGUAAGCGACAUGGACGACCAUCUAGAAGCGAGGCACCCCAUCGUCAAGAACAAGAACAUGACGGAGCCGCACGGAAACUCCGCCGCCGUGCAAGACAAGGCGACGCUUUCGAACGGGCAAAAGAAAAUCCCCAAACCCCAGACCGCAACCCAACCCCCCGGA